UGGUCACAUGGUGGCGACAUCAUCAAAGGAGGUCCUUUUAGCUCGCCUGUAGCUAGCAUUUGCCCUUUUUGCAAUGGAAGGGAAGGAGUACUUGGAUAUCUAUGGGAACAAGAUCACGCUGCAGCAGCAGUCGUACAGUGACACCUGCCAGGACUUCACCAUCACCAGCUCCAAGAUUUCGCUCCGCUCCCUCACCACCUGGACGUGCGUUGUGUGGGUAGUCGCUUAUGUCAUAUUCAUCUACACGCAGCACACCGCUGUCCUGACGGCAGCCAUCUUGUUCUCCAUCAUAGGGCUUCUCCUUUACCUGCACCUGGUGAAGGUAGACCAUGAGUCCCUGCUCAUCCUGGGCUCCCUGGGGAUCCAGAGAACCUCGACGUACGCUUCUGGCCGGGAGAAUACAGUCUUCGUAGAGAUGUGCCGGGUCCAAGACGUCGUCAUCAAUGAGGGCAUCUCCAUGCACAGGGUGAACUACUACUUGUGCCUCCUCCUCAAAGAUCCCAGUGACCCUCAGGCUGGGGUGUCCAAGGUCGUUCCCAUCUUCCAGAGCUCGCAGCCCCGACUGGACUGCCUGGUGGAGAUUUACAGGAGCUGUCAGGAGAUCUUGUCGCCUCACAAGAGAAAAUAGGCAGGCCGAUAUGGACUUGAGAGUAAAAAAGGUGGACUUGUGACCAAAGUCUGAGGCAGACUAUGCCACAGAUUCACCACUCUUACAGCAAAGAACCAGCUCCUGGAGCGACUGUUCAACAGAUUCACAGCUCUUUUGGCAAAGAAACAUCUCUUGGGGAGUCUUUGCCACAGAUGCACAGCUCUUACAGUAAAGAAACAUCUCUUGGGGAGUCUAUGCCACAGAUGCACAGCUCUUACAGUAAAGAAAUAUCUCCUAGAAUGACUAUUCCACAGAUGCACAGCUCUUACAGUAAAGAACCAGCUCCUGGAGCGACUAUUCCACAGAUGCACAGCUCUUACAGUAAAGAACCAGCUCCUGGAGCGACUAUUCCACCGAUGCACAGCUCUUACAGUAAAGACACAUCUCUUGGGGAGUCUAUGCCACAGAUGCACAGCUCUUACAGUAAAGAACCAGCUCUUGGGGAGUCUAUGCCACAGAUUCACAGCUCUUACAGUAAAGAACCAGCUCCUGGAGCGACUAUUCUAUAGAUUCAUAGCUUUAAUAGCAAAGAACCAGCUGGGUGACGGCAUGAUGUCAGAGCGCUAUGUAUGGACUGUGCUAGAUUUUCCGCAUUUCAAAGUUCAACUUCAACUCAAACAUGAUUUAUUGAAUUACGGUAGUUUUUUUUUUUUGAUCAGCCCUUAACUAAAAAUGAUUUAUACAUAGGGAUGAGCGAAUCGACUUCGGACGAAACAUCCGAAGUCGAUUUGCAUAAAACUUCGUUCUAAUACUGUACAGAGCAGGAGCUUCAUACAUUAUUAGAAUGUAUUGGCUCAGAUGAGCUG